AUGUUUAUUCGUGAAAAGGUUAACGUUGAAGAACUAAAAUCAACCACCCUUAAAAUCCUAUCAGAUAAAAUAGAAUACAAUCAGGAUUUUAAUGAAAUUUGGUAAUUUGGAUUUACUGAAAAAAACUAAACUGUGCUGAUAAGAGUCAAACAAUUUAAUAAUGUAUUUUUUAUCUACACAUAAGAUAAAUUGGAAAAUAAUAAUAAGACAGAUGAUAUUAAAUAAUUGAUUUAGGAAGUGUUUAAAAAAAACGAGAUUGAGGUAAAGGAGUUCAAAAAUGAAACUCUUCUUUAUUAUAAAAUAGAAAUAUUGAAUGGAUCAUAUACUGAAUAACAACUUUAAGAUCAUCUCAAUAAGUUAGAUCUUGAGAAAUUAAAUCUAGCAGAUAAGGCAUAAUUUUUUAUUCCAAAAAUAGCUAAUUAGUUUUCAAUAAGUCUUCGCAUAAAUCCAAAGACAUUUUUAUCAUUUGAAGUUGAUGGAAAUUAAAAUUCUAUCAUAGAAAAUAAUAAAAUUUCUACUUGCUAAAUAGAAAUUGUAUCUAAUUAAUUCAAACCUAAAAUAUCUUUUGAUAAUACACUUUAUAAAUAAAUAUCUGAUAAUUAGAUAAUACUAAUAACUGAUCUCGAAAAUUUAGUAAUAGAGAAUGGAUUUGAUGCAAAUUCAUCUUAAAAAAAUCCUAUCUUUAUGAUUUCAAAUAUUAUCUUCAAGAAUGGCUAAAAAUAAAGUAAUAAAUAGAUAUUCACAACAUCAGAAACUAUGGAACUCGAUCCUUCUGUUUAAAUUAAAUAUUUUAAAAGUGAGUUGUAAAUGUUGCAAGCGUGGUUUGAUGAAUUAAACAUUAUUGAUCCUGAUGUUAUUACUGGAUUCAAUGUUCUUAAGUUCGAUUUAAGUUUUCUUUUUUUAAGAACUAAAUAUUUGAUUGAAUAGGAAAAGUCUGACUACAAAACUAUUAACUUUGGAAGAAUUCCUUCUAUUAAAUUAGAAUAUAAAAUCAUUGCUGAUUUUUUUUGUUGCAAAAAUUAUUUCUUUUUAAAAGAAGACAUUAAUAUUUUAGAAGCAUGUGGGAGAUAGGUAAUUGAUAAUAGUUGGUAUUUUAACCAUACCCAUGCUUAUAUUCCUUCACAUUAGAGGAGACUCAAAGAUUGGGCUUUUAGGUAUCUGGAUGACGAUUCUCAAAAGUUAGAAAUUAUGUAUAACGAGUUUCCAGAAUAUCUUUUUUCUAAAGACAUUAAAAAGAGAAGUCUACUUGGAGAAUAUAAUAUUAGAGACAAUUAAAUUGUUCAUGAUUUCUUUUUAAUGUUUAAUAUUUUUGAAUAUUAUAAAGAAAUGGGAUUUUUAAAUUCUAUUUUAACUCAAGAUUACCACAAUAAAAGUUUAACACCUCUAUACUUUAAUUAGCUAAUCAAGUCAUCUCAAAACCCUUUGAACUUUUAAAAUGAUGUUUUAGUUAUAUAAAGUAAUUAAUAAGACGAUUGGAAUAAAUUACAAACCUAAAUUUAACACCUACAAAAGUUAUAAAAGGUAAAAUUUAUAAUAAAUGAAGACACUUCACCACUUAUUUUCAAGCAAAUCAUUAUCUUGUAGGAUAAACUAAAAGUAGAAAACAUAACUUUAAAGUUCAGUAAUGGAGUAAAUAAUUUACCUUUUAGGUUAUCUAGUUUGUUAGCAAAUUUAGACUAAAAUACAACUAAAGUAUUGAAUCUUCAUUUAAAUUCUGAUUUUGAUGACUCAGAAUUUGAUUUUAUUGAAUCUUUCACUAAUCUACCCCCUUCUUUAUCUUCCCUUUACGUUAAAUUAAAUAACAAAGUUAAAUUAAUUAAUUAUGAAAAAAAUAUUAAUUUCAAAGCUAAUUAGAUAAGCAAAAUUGCGUUUGACUUUAAUUAAUUCCAAAGUUCAAAUCAAGAUUUUUUAAAAUUCUUAAAUAAGUUUUUGAGCACUCAACAAAAUUUAAGUAAAGUAGAUUUAAUUUUCAGCUACGAUAAAACAAACUCAGAGUUUAUAAAAGAUGUGAUAAGAGUUUUUAGUAGCAGCUGUAAAUAACUAAAAAUAUUGAAUUUGACCAUCUAAGGUAAUGAUUAAACAAAAAAUUCAAACUAAAAAGCUGAUAAUGAUAAUUAAAAGUAUUUAUUUGAAAAUAUUUUAUCGAUUUUGGAGUAGAACCUAUUAUGCAUCUAACUAAUUUUCUUUAACUAUGUAUAGAUAAAAUUAAGCUCAUUAAAUAAUAAUAUAUUUUCUACAUUUGCUUCUAAAUAACCUAAUCUCAAGCUAUUUAUCUUGAAAAUUGAUGAAGAGAAAACUUUAUUAAAAAAUAAAUUUUAUGAAAUGGUUAAAUCUUUAAAAAAAAGAUAAUGA